AUGGAGGACGAUAGUGAUGAGGAGGAUGUGGAUGAAGAUGAUGGGGGUGAUGAUGAAGAAGAUGACGAUUUGGAUCUGGAAGAUUUUGAGUCUGAUGACGAAGAGGGUGCGGGGAAAUCGGGCGGAGAUAUAAAGUAUGAGGAUUUUUUUGAGGAAAGCCGUAAGCAACAAGUCAAGAAGAGAAAUGGUUUCACAAAGAAAGUCCACUUCAAGGAUGAAUUGCAUGAAAUGGAAGUGGAUGACAUUGAGAAGGAUGAUGUAAAUGAUGGUCCAUCUUUAGAGGAUGAACAAGGUCUUUCAACUCAUGAAAAGGGGCUCUUGAAGAUGCGUAACCAAAUAGACCUAAUGGAGAAAGCUAGUCUUGAACCCAGUAAAUGGAUCAUGCAGGGAGAGGUUGAUGCUUCCAGGAGGCCCAAAAAUAGUGCCCUGGAAGUGGAUCUUGAUUUUGAGCAUAAUGUAAGACCUGCCCCAGUAAUCACGGAGGAAGUCACAGCUUCUCUCGAGGAGAUGAUAAAGAAAAGAAUUGCGGAGGGUCAUUUUGAUGAUGUUGAAAAGCCUUCAACCUUGCCGUAUAAAGCUCCAAAGCAGCAAAAGGAGAUGGAUGAAAACAAGAGCAAAAAGGGUCUUGCUGAACAUUACGAGGAUGAGUUUAAGAAAAAAACUGGCAUUGCACCUGCCACACUUGCUAUUUCAGAUGAACUGAAGAAUGAGGCAAAUGAUUUGUUUAAGAGGAUAUGCUUGAAGUUGGAUGCGCUCUCUCAUUUCCACUUUGCCCCAAAGCCGGUCAUUGAGGAUAUGUCUAUACAAGUUAAUGUACCUGCUCUAGCAAUGGAAGAGGUUGCACCUGUAGCUGUUUCAGAUGCUGCAAUGCUCGCUCCCGAAGAAGUUUUUGAAGGGAAAGGGGAUAUUAAAGAAGACAUGGAGCUUACACAAGUUGAGCGCAAAAGAAGAAGAGCCAAGAAGAAGAGGAGAUAUGCAGAAUCGCACAAGGAGAGGCCAGCCAAGCUGCGGAAAGAGAACUCAUCAAAUAUAUAG